AAACUGAAGUAACAUUGUAUGCAUGCAGUGGAUUGAAGCCCCUCCCUCAAUUUGUGCACAACCACUGCAUGCAGUGGGUUUUGGAAAAGGACUUAUAAACUUAAUUUGUUGGUGUAUUUUAUUUUAUUUUUUUUUAUCUAAUUUAAUUGGCAUUUUCACAUUUAUUUUAAUGUUUUUUGUUCAAAGUUAUUGGCCAAAUAUAUAAAUUGUUUGGUUUCCAAGCCCACAUUGAAAAAAUAGGAUAAUUUAGCUUUACGCUCUGUCUAAUUCUUUUUGUGCAACUUUUAUGUCCUGAGUUCGGGAAUUGCAAAUGAAUUUCAUUGUUUGGGAGGUGUAUUUCGAUCUAUUAUGAAAAAAUCAUUUGAUAGCUGAAAUUGGCGUUUCAAUUUUAUAAAAAAGUUGUCUCAGUUUUUAUUUUAUUAUUAAGUUUCAGUUUUUUUAGUGAACUAUAAACUUGCUACUGUAUGAGUUGAUUGGAAAAUAAUAAAAGACAUGUUCUGAAUCACUUAGUGGGGCGUUGUGUGGUGGUUGGCCUAUGCCUCUUGACUGGAAAAUACAUUUCAAUUUUGGCCAAAUCGGCCAUUUAUAGAUAGUUUAUUAGUUUCUAAGGUUAUAUGAAGGAAAAUACGCAUUUAUUUCAUAAAAGCGAUUCACUACAAUAAAAAUUUAAAUAUUGUUGAUUUGAUUAAAUUUUUAAAAAACAAACAUGCUUUUGAGACGUAUAAGCUUUUCUAUUGAGAAAAUUUUCAAAGAAAGUGAACCAUGGAAGGAUGCAAGAAGAUGAAGCAAGAAAGUCGUUCAAGCAGCUUAUUAAUGUUGUCGAUUAUUGCCAUAGCAGGGGAGUCUUCGAUAGAGAUACAAAGCCGGAAAACUUGUUGGAUGUGCGUGCUAGAAACUUCAAAUUUUCUGAUUUCGGGUUAAGUGUUCUAUCCGAAGAAGUCGGGGAGGAUGGUAUGGAGAACCCCAAAUUAUGUACCCCUGAGGUCCUCGACGAUCAAGGUUAUGAGAGAGCAACUGCAGACUAAUUAUGGUUCAUGCAGGGUAGGGUCUUACUUUUUGUAUUGCUCGCAAGUUUCUUGCCUUUUGCUGAUACUAAAUUACUAAUAUUAUGAACCUAUAUAGAAAAGUGACCGUCCCGACAAUUAUGUGUAUGGCUUUUGGAUGUUUUUUUUUUUGUUUAUCUUUGGUAUUUCAUCUUUUCUUGUGUAAAACAACCAGAUAUCUGCUGCAGAAUUCACUUGUCCUCUUUAGCUUUCUUUUGACGCCAUUAAGCUCAUCUCUAGGUUGCUUGAUCCAAAUCCUCUAAGGGUGUGUUUGUUUGGGGGUUUGGAUUUUGA